AUGGCCAGAGUCACCAUUCACGUGGAGCAAUCUGAGACUGAAGGAGGAGAAGAAGCACCACCCCCAUUAAGAAUAGAAGUUGGGAACAAAUAUCUGGCAGCAUCUGACUCGCUAGGAUUAUGUGAUAAACCCUUUUGCAAUACAUGUCCCAACUAUUUGAAGACUCCGAAACAUGAUUUAACUGAUGAUCAUAAAUGUGUUGGAGUCCUGUGGUUGGUCGCACAAAGAACAUAUAUUCCCAUCAUAUUCGUCAUUGAUCUUGUCCUUGGAACGAACAUUAUUUGGCGGUUUAGGAUGGCUUAUAUUUCUUCUAAGCCAACAGGUGGUGGUGGAUAUUUAGUUGACGAUCCAACAAAAAUUGCUCUCCGUUACAUACUAGCACCAAAUGGGUUUGCUGUUGAUUUCUUUCUCAUGUUUCCUUUUUCUCUGGUGAUGAUAUAUGGUAUCCCAAAAAGUGAGGUAGUGCCUACAUUUUUUGGACGUCUUAAUUCCUGGCUGCUUAUAAUGCUGAUUGUGCAACAAGUCAUCCAAAUAGUGAAAAUUUUCCCUAAAAAAUUAUUUGACGCGCAUGGAACUAUUUGGAUUGUUUAUGCAAAAAAUGUUGCCGUCCUUGUACUAAUUGGACAUCUUGUUGGAUGUUUCGGAUAUCUCGCUGCUGUACAGAAGGUUGAGAAAUGUUUGCUAGCUACCUGCAAUGCGUCUGGCAUAAUUGGAUGUAAGAGUAUCAUCGUUUGUGACUCUAAGGCAAACAAUGAUGCAACUGAGUGGUUGAUAAAUAAAAAUGCCAGCAUCUGUUUCUCUAAUACUUCUAGCAAUGGGAUCUUUGGUGAUAUAAUACCACUUGUGGGAUAUCACUCAUUUCGCAAAUAUAUAUUUACACUGUUUUGGGGUAUCACGCAAAUUAGUAACAUUUCUGGUAAAACUCCAAGCAUCUCUAAUGUGGAAGAAGUCUUCUUCGUAUGGGCUAUCAGAGCAUUGGCGAUCUCAAUUUUUGCACUUAUAUUUGGAAACAUAACAAGUAUUAUUCAAGGUCUCAGUAGGAGGAAGAUAGAUACCAUACUUAGACUCAAUGAAAUUGAACGAUGGUCAAGGCAUCGUCACCUACCAGAAGAUUUAAGCAGGAGAAUACUAGAUGCUGAAAUUCAGAAUUGGGCUGCAACAAAAGGGAUGAAGGAAGAAGAACUUUUGAAGAGUAUGCCAAAGGAUAUCCAGAGAGACCUAACAAGGCAUCAGUUUCUCCCCAUUAUUAAAAAGGUUCAACUCUUUGAAAUCAUGCACCAGUCAAUUCUUGAUGCUAUCUGUAUGGAAUCAAAGUGGAAGCUGUACUUGGCAGACAGUACAAUCAUGUAUCCAGGUGACUUAAUAGAGAUGAUAGUCUUUAUUGUGCAUGGAAAACUGGAGAUCAAGGACAGCAGUGGAACAAGCGUCCACAUAUCUGACGGGGAUGCAUGUUGCCAAGAACUCCUUUUCUGGUGUCUUCAGAGAGCUUCAUCCAAUAGUAGCACAGCAUUAUAUGAUUGA